GGGCUUCACCUGCAACUGCUGGAGUGCUGUGAGGGUUCUGCUGCUUCGGAAUCGUGUGAGGCCCGAGCUCUACACUUUGCCAAAAGAGGAACGUUUUAUACAAAGCCAUGACUCAGGAGUCAGUGGUGUUCAGUGAUGUAUCCAUACACUUCUCUCAGGAGGAGUGGGCGUGCCUGACUGAUGAACAGAGAGAUUUAUACAGAGAUGUGAUGUUGGAGAAUUACAGCAACCUGGUUUCAAUGGCAGGACAUUCCAUUUCCAAACCAAAUGUGAUCGUGUACUUGGAGCAAGGGAAGGAGCCCUGGUUGGCUGACAGAGAGCUGACAAGAGGCCAGAGGUCAGCACUGGAAUCAAGAUCUGAGACAAAGAAAUUUUUUCUGAAGAAGGAAAUUUAUGAACUAGAGCAGGCCCAGUGGGAAGUCAUGGGAAGACUUGCCAAGUGUGGCCUUCAGUGCUCCAGUUUCCCAGAUGACUGGGAAUGUCAUGGCCAGUUUGAGAAGCAGCAUUGCUCUCAGGAGAGACAUUUCAGUGAGCUGAUGAUCACUGGUGAUGACGUGCCUACUUUCAGUCAACAUCCUUCCUUUACACUGCAGCAAAUCAUUAAUAAUAGAGAGAAAUACUGUGCAACUAAAGAGAACAGGAAAAACUUUAGACAUGGCUCACAGUUUACUGCACAUCAAAUAAUUCAUACCAUUGAGAAACCGUAUGAAUGCAAGGAAUGUGGAAAGACGUUUAGACAUCCCUCAAGACUUGCUCAUCACCAGAAAAUUCACACUGGCAAGAAACCCUUUGAAUGCAAGGAAUGUGGGAAAACAUUCAUUUGUGGCUCAGACCUUACUCGACAUCACAGAAUUCACACUGGAGAGAAGCCCUAUGAGUGUAAGGAGUGUGGGAAGGCCUUUAGUAGUGGCUCGAACUUUACUCGACAUCAGAGAAUUCACACUGGUGAGAAGCCAUACGAGUGUAAGGAGUGUGGCAAGGCUUUUAGUAGUGGCUCCAAUUUUACUCAGCACCAGAGAAUUCACACUGGAGAGAAGCCCUAUGAGUGUAAGGAGUGUGGCAAUGCCUUUAGUCAGAGUUCUCAACUUAUUAAACAUCAAAGAAUCCAUACAGGUGAGAAGCCCUAUGAGUGUAAAGAGUGUGAAAAGGCCUUUCGUUCUGGUUCUGAUCUUACCAGACAUCAGAGAAUUCACACUGGAGAGAAGCCCUAUGAAUGUAAGUUGUGUGGGAAGGCCUAUUCUCAGAGUUCACAGCUUAUUAGUCACCAUAGAAUCCAUGCUGGCGAGAAACCCUAUGGAAUCAGAGAAUGUGGGAAGAACUUUAGUAAUGGCUCACAGCUUAUCCAGCAUCAGAGAAUUCAAUUUGUGGAGAAACCCUAUGAAUGCAAGGAAUGUGGGAAGGCUUUUAAAGUGCGCCAACAACUAACUUUUCACUAUAGAAUUCACACUGGUGAGAAACCCUACAAAUGUAAGGAGUGUGGGAUGGCCUUUAGACAGACUGCGCACCUUACUCGACAUCAGAGGCUUCAUUCUGGUGAAAAACUCUAUGAAUGUAAGGAAUGUGGGGAAGCUUUUAUAUAUGGUCCCGACCUUCGAGUGCAUCAGAAGAUCCACGUUGGUGAGAAGCCCUAUGAAUGUAAGGAGUGUGGGAAGGCGUUCAGAGUGCGAGGACAGCUUACUCUCCAUCAGAGGAUUCAUACUGGUGAGAAGCCCUAUGUGUGUAAGGAGUGUGGGAAGGCCUUUAGACAGUACGCACACCUCACUCGACAUCAGAAGCUUAAUACUGCCGACAGAAUCUAUGAGUGUAAAGAAUGCGGGAAAGACUUUUUGUGUGGCUCUGGUCUUAGAGUACAUCACAAACUUCACACUGGUGAGAAGCCCUAUGAAUGUAAAGAAUGUGGGAAGGCCUUUAGAGUUCGACAACAACUAACACUCCAUCAGAGAAUUCAUACUGGUGAGAAGCCCUAUGAAUGUAAGGAGUGUGGAAAAACAUUUAGUCGUGGUUAUCAUCUCAUCCUCCAUCAUAGAAUUCAUACUGGUGAAAAACCCUAUGAAUGUAAGGAAUGCUGGAAAGCCUUUAGUCGUUAUUCACAACUUAUUUCACAUCAGAGUAUUCACAUUGGCGUUAAACCCUAUGACUGUAAGGAAUGCGGGAAGGCCUUUAGACUACUCUCACAACUCACACAACAUCAGAGUAUCCAUAUUGGAGAGAAGCCCUAUAAAUGUAAGGAAUGUGGGAAAGCUUUUAGAUUGCGCCAAAAACUUACUCUACAUCAGAGUAUUCAUACUGGUGAAAAACCCUUUGAGUGUAAGGAAUGUAGAAAGGCCUUUAGACUUAAUUCUUCUCUCAUUCAACAUUUGAGAAUUCAUUCUGGUGAGAAACCCUAUGAAUGUAAGGAGUGUAAGAAGGCCUUCAGACAGCAUUCACACCUUACCCAUCAUCUGAAGAUUCAUAGUGCAAAAAUAUAAGGAAGUCUUAUCAAUGCUGUGUUCCAAAACAUUCCAUGAGUGUCAUAAUCUUUUGUUUCAUACAUGUAACUGACUUCCAUAGGAGGUUUUAUACUAUUAAAGGAAUCUUAAUGGGUUUUACCAUUGUGUUCCCCAAUCUGCAUUCUCAGACCUCAGCAUAUUUAUUUUAACGACUAAUCUAGUAAUAUAGCACAUGCAAAAG